AUGGAUCUUCUAGAUGAAGAAGAAAAAGGUUUCUCAUCAGGCGACAGUACCGAAUAUCCUAGUUACCCACUCGAAGGCAAUGAUACAUCAGAUUCAGACGAACAAAACGAAGAAAAACAAAAAUUAAAAAGAAAAAGAAAAGCUAAACCAGAAUCCUGGAAAAAGAAUCUAACGAAACGUCUAAGAAAUGAAGGAAAACAAUAUAUAAAUAAAAAUAAUAAACUUGUACGCGAAAGACGACUAGGUCCACCGUGUACGGAAAAGUGCAAAUUAAAAUGCAAAACAAAACUAACCAAUGAAGAACGACAGGAUAUUUUCAACGAGUACUAUAACUUACCCGAUUUGCAGAGCAAACGAAAGUUCGUAGCAUUUCAUAUGUCCGCCAUUAUUCCAGCUUAUCAAUACAAAAGAGGUAAAAGACGAAACAAUAACGCAUUCUAUUUCACGAACAAAGAAGGAGCUAGAAUUCGCGUUUGUAAGAGUUUUUUCUUAUCUACAUUAGAUUUAUCCGACAGAUUUACUAGAACAGUUACUGAAAAAACAAUAAGUAACACCGAAGGCAUUGUUACAGAAGACUUGCGUGGCAAACACGGUAAACAAAGGCGUGUAGAUAACAAUUUGAAAGAAGGUGUUAAAAAUUUCGUUAAGUCAAUACCGAUGAAAGAUUAUGUAGAUGGUAGUAAAACUAUUGCGGAAAUCCAUAGAGAUUACGUAAAGAAAUGCGAGGAAAAUGGAGAAACAAGUGUUAAUUAUAUGAUGUUUAAUAGAAUAUUUAAUGAGGAAUUUAAUAUCGCGUGUUACCAACCUGAAAUGGAUCAACGCGUGGACUUUGUUGCUUAUAGUAAUCCUGAGGAAAAUAAUUCAACUCAAACCUAA